AUGGAUCAGGUAAUGCGGUUUGUUGAGCUAAGGCGGCAGCUUGAGAAGUACUCCAUUCGACUGGUUAAAACAUGCACCAAAUCAGACAGAAAAGAAUUCCGGAAGGUUGCCGAGUCAACAGCAACAGGAUUUGCUAUCAAGGGAUUUAUGAGCUUCUUUGUGAAAUUGACCCACAUCCCUAUUAACAACAUUCUUGUGGAUGGCUGA